UCCCUUCUGGUCUCAACCUCCUGCUUCUCCUCCUGUUGCUCUUCGUUGGAACAAGCGAGGCCACCACGAUAAACAUCACCAACCGAUGCUCCUACACCGUCUGGCCAGCUGCUUUGCCCGUGGGCGGGGGUGCAACGGAACUCGAGUCGGGGCAGGUGUGGACACUGGAUAUGCCCGCCGGCAUAUCCAACGGGCGCAUCUGGGCGCGCACGGGAUGCUCGUUUAGCAGCAACGGCAAAUGGUCCUGCCAAACUGGUGACUGCGCGGGUGCGUUUGCUUGCAACAUCUUAGGUAAGCCACCCUACACAUUUGCCGAGCUCUCAACUAGCAGCCCACAAAAUUACUUCGACAUCUCGGUUGUCGACGGCUUCAAUGUACCCAUGGACUUCCUGUCCGUGCCGGUACAAGAAGGAGAGAAAGAGUGCAGCAAGGGACCACGGUGCGCGGCCAACAUCACGUCGCAGUGCCCAAAGGAGAUGCAGGUGCCUGGAGGUUGCAAAAACACAUGCACUGGAACUGGUUCCAGCAACUGCACCUACGCGGGCUUCUUUAAGCGGAUGUGCCCAGACGCGUACAGCCUCUCAAAUGAUUCUGCUACGCACGCUUGCCCAGCGGGCACUAACUAUCAGGUCAUUUUCUGUCCUCCAAUGAAUCUAACAAUUUUGCCAGCAGCUACGAGUCCUCCGCCUACACCAACGCUCGAGAAACCACCUUCACCUGCAAGUCCUCCGCUUGCUCCUACCGGGCCAAGGAAAUCAGUCACACCUAUUGCUAUUGGAGUUAGCGUCGGCAGCUUUAUAUUGGUGACCGUGUUGUUCACAAUCACUUGCUAUAUACGUAAAAGAAGAGCACAACAGAAACACCAGGAGAUGGAGGAAGAGGAAGAGUUUGGGGAGCUACAAGGAACACCGAUGAGGUUCACAUUUCAACAGCUAAAGGUAGCAACUGAGCAGUUCACUGACAAGCUUGGGGAAGGAGGAUUUGGGUCUGUUUUCAAGGGACAAUUUGGGGAGGACAGUAUUGCAGUAAAACGUUUGGAUCGAGCUGGCCAGGGGAAACGAGAAUUUUCAGCAGAGGUUCAGACAAUUGGGAGCAUCCAUCACAUCAAUCUGGUGAGAUUGAUUGGUUUCUGUGCAGAAAAAUCUCAUAGGCUCUUGGUAUACGAGUAUAUGCCGAAAGGAUCCUUGGACAGAUGGAUCUACCGUCGACAUGACAAUAUUGCUCCUCCUCUGGAUUGGAGCACGCGAUGCAAGAUCAUUACCCAAAUAGCUAAGGGCCUCUCUUAUCUUCACGAGGAGUGCACGAAAAGAAUUGCUCAUUUGGAUGUGAAACCACAAAAUAUCCUAUUAGAUGACAACUACAAUGCAAAACUUUCUGAUUUUGGACUGUGCAAGCUCAUCGAUAGGGAUAUAAGCCAAGUGGUUACUAGAAUGAGAGGCACACCUGGAUAUUUAGCUCCUGAAUGGUUGACAUCACAGAUCACAGAGAAGGCUGAUAUCUAUAGCUUUGGUGUUGUGGUCAUGGAAGUCAUCAGCGGAAGAAAGAACAUCGACACCUCCCGAUCAGAAGAGAGUGUCCAUCUCAUUACCCUAUUGGAAGAAAAGGUGAAGUACGAUAACUUGGUAGAUUUGAUUGACAAGAACAGUAACGAUAUGCAAGCACACAAGCAUGACGCAAUUCAGAUGAUGAAACUCGCGAUGUGGUGUUUGCAGAUUGAUUGCAAAAGAAGACCUAAGAUGUCCGAGGUAGUCAAGGUCUUAGAAGGCACCAUGAAUGCGGAGAGUGAUAUUGAUCAUAACUUUGUUGCAACAAAUCAAGCAACUUUCGGCGUUGCCAGAAAUGUGACAUCCUCAGCUCCACCUCUAGCUUCACAUGUAUCAGGGCCCAGGUGAAAUUAGAAAAUGCUGCAAGAUAGAUAGUUACAUCAUGAGCAGGCAAUUUUCCAAUGUAAAGCAAAAGCCAUAAUCAGAUGUAUUUUGUCAAAAAAAAAUCA